CAAUGACACGUCAAAAAGCCACCCUGCGAUGUCAGCCACAAGCUAAAAUAGCGCAAUUUUCUGGGAUUUUGGAAAAUCGAAAAAUGGGGAAAAAAGUCGUGGCUGAAGAUCUAUGGGCUUGUAUUUCGAUUUUUGCUCUUAUAGAGAGAUCAGAGCAAAAAAUUAAUGCAUAACGGAAAAAAAAAUGCACCGAGCAACAGAGGCCAGACAAGAAUUUUGUGUCAUUGGGUUCUGUUAGAAGGAAUUUGCCCGUGUUUUUCCUCGUUUUCUGGCUUGGUUUUGUAGCGAUGAUGUCUUUCCCGUCAAUUGUUGGAGAUAUUUCCUCGUCUGGAGACGAACUCGCUGCAAAGGUGAGAAAGCCCUACACAAUAACAAAGCAGAGGGAACGCUGGACAGAAGAAGAGCACCAGAAGUUUUUAGAGGCACUCAAACUGUAUGGACGAGCCUGGCGUCGAAUUGAAGAGCAUAUUGGCACCAAGACUGCUGUUCAAAUUAGAAGCCACGCUCAAAAAUUCUUCUCCAAGUUGGUAAGGGGAUCUUCAGGUAGAGGUGUGUCCUUGCCGACAGAGAAAGUAAAUGAUAUUGAAAUUCCUCCACCUCGGCCUAAAAGGAAGCCCAGGCAUCCUUACCCUCGUAAGGCAGGUUCUGCCCAACUGAUUGCUAAAGAUCAGAGUGCAUCACCUUCUGCCAUUUCAUCAUCAGCUUUACUUAGCCCAGGAGAUAAAUCUUCUGAGUGUGCAGCAUUUGCUCCUUGUGAUCCAAAAACACAAUUUGAUGGCCAUGAAAGCAAAAUGGAGUCAUCCCAAUCGAACAACUCUCCAUUAAGCCUCAAGCUUUUUGGCCAGACAAUGUUGGUUGCAACUGCUGAGAUGUCGACUAUUUCCUUUCCUCAAUCAUCUGAAAGUAACAAUUCUCAAGGAGGUUUUCCUGAAUUUGUCUGCAUGCAACAGGAAACUAGCACCAGUAAAACUAAAACUGAAGAUCAAAUGUUGAAGAAUCAAAGUAAGAGGCUACACGCACUUGAUUCAGAUUUGCACGCAAAAGAAGCUACAGAUUCUACUGUGCAAUCUGGAUCAAGUUCAGCCAAAGAUUUUAGAGAAACACAAUGCUCAGAGGAGCAUCUGUCUAGUGGACAGGAUGCCGCUUCAUAUGGUUUUUUGAGGAAUCAAAGCCCUCCUGGCAUUGCGCCAGGAUGUCCAAGACAUAUACCAAUACAAUGUGUCAUUGAUGGAAUGGAUGCGGAAAAUGGGCACAAAGCUGUUAAAAAAUGGCUAAACAUGAACACAUUGGCCCAUCCAAGCUCUGCAAUGGAGAACCGCUAUGUCUCUUCUUCAUUGCCUCAGUUGCCGUCCAUGUCUCCUUGGAUUCAGAUGCAACAAGGAGACACAUCUGUUGCAGAAACAGUUGCAGCAGCAACAGUUGCUGCUGCCUCAGCCUGGUUGUCUUUGUGUGGUGUGGUGCCCACUUUUCUCCACCCAAGUAUUUUUGGGACAGCAACAGGUGCAAUAAACCCUUUGUCUGCAUGCAAAGAUGAAUCUAUGAUGGGAGCUACAGAACAAGAAGGGUCAAGUAUGGCUGAAAGAGAAGGUGAAAUCAUAUUACAAGACUCACAUUCUGAGGACUGCACAUGUAAUAAAAUGAAAGAAUUUGAUGAUCAUCAAGAUCAUUUAGAAAACUUAAGUUGCCAGACUGAAGAAGGGGACCAAGUAAUGAAAGAUGGAGAGUUAACAAAUGAAAGGUCAUCCAGUGGCUCGAACACCCCUUCAAGCAAUUAUCUAGAGUUUGAUCCUUACAUAGGGACUGCCAUUGAGGACAAUAGAGACUGCAGUGUAAAAGGCUUCGAGUUCAACAGAGCAAGAUGCGCUUCUGAAGAAGAUUCUUCCAAAGAAGAGGAAGACACACAAGUUAACAGCAAUGGCAAAUGGGACAAAGCUGAGAGACAUUUUCUUGCUGACACGAGUAUCAGUCAUUCUAAAGGUGGAGACCACUGCAUUGGGAAACACAAACAGGGUCAAACUCCAUUUGAUGCUCUGUUUUCCCAAGAGGUUUUGCCUCAGAGCUUUCUUAUGCCAUCCAUUGUAGGAGGUGGCUCAUCCUGUAAAGGAAUUAUACAGAGAUCGAAAGCUCCUUGUGCUUCAAGGGAGAAUGGGCUUGAGGAUUCUGAAAAUACCAUGGAUCAUAAGUUUUUGGAAGAGUCAGUUGUAAAUUUCUGCAAGGCAAACAAAAACAUUGCUUCAAGCAUUGGAAAGUCAAAAUCUGGAGUGGGUUUUGUCCCUUACCAACGGUGUUCAGUACAAGCAAACAAAACUAGGCUUCCUGUGGAUAACCCUGAAGAUGUUCUAAGAGAGGGAAAAAGAAUUUGUUCAAGAAAGUAACCAAACAUCCCUGAUAUUGGUUUGUCUUAGUACAUGUUUAAGAACUGCACAUGUUAUAGUACAUUCUGGACAAAGACCUGGCUUGAGGAGACCAAGCAACAAAAUGCUUGUUGCGAUUCAAUGCCGAACCCUGUGACAUGAGGUUCUGUGUAGCAUAGCAGAGUCCACUUCGCCUUGCUCAAUGACAUUGACAUUCACUUGCAGUUUGACUUGACAAGUCCGGGCUAGUCUGUUUGUAAAAAAGAUUAUUUUGUAAGAUUAUUUGGUAACAUUUCUGACACGAUGUCCAAUAACAGGCAAUUUGAUCAGGAAGUCUAAUACUAAUACUAUAAUCAAGGCUGUUUUAUAAAAUCCUGGAGAGUACAACAACAAACGAGGCUUUCCCAUGCUCUUUCAAAAUGUUUUCCUAUAUGUUGAUACCAAUAACAGGCAAUUUGAUCAGGAAGUCUAAAACUAGUACUAUAAUCAAGGCUGUUUUAUAAAAUCCUGGAGAGUACAACAACAAACGAGGCUUUCCCAUGCUCUUUCAAAAUGUUUUCCUAUAUGUUGAUACAUGUUUUUGCUAAAAGCAAAAAUUAUAAAUAUAAUUUUGUUCUCCCCAACAUAGCACAUUUUGACAUGUAAAGUUUUAUCAUUUCAUUAAAAUUUGGUAUUGUGAGCA